ACAUACGUUUGUUAAAAUGAGUGUAAAUUACGAACAAAAUCAAGGCGAAAUUGAUUUCAUAACUGAGCACCAAGCGGUCGUACUGUCAGAGGAUGAAGAGGGCGAUCCUGUAGUAGCCACAGACAGUCGCAAAUCGUCGGAAGUCAACAAUUUCUCGGACGCCAUUGACACUGAGGAUGCCGAAGCAGACUCUAUAGGUGCUGCCAAUACUUAUGUCGUGGCCAACCAUUACAAUGAGCUGAAGGAGGCCGGGCGCAAGGAGCGUCACAAGUCGAAAAUUUUCUACAUGCGCAACUUUAACAACUGGAUCAAAAGUCAGUUAAUUAACGAGUAUAUGUCGCUAAUAAAGCAUCAGAAGCGUCUGGGUGAGUCACUGCGUGUCCUGGACAUGUGUUGCGGCAAAGGUGGGGAUUUGCUCAAAUGGGAGAAGGCGGCCAUAACGCAUCUAAUUUGCACCGACAUUGCCGAGGUAUCUGUGGAUCAGUGCCAGCGUCGCUAUCAGGACAUUUUGAUGCGCGCCGAGAAAUCGAAAUUCGGGCAUAAAUUCACCGCCGAAUUCUUUGCGUGCGAUUCAACGCUAGUGCGUUUGCGGGAACGCUACAUGGACGCGUCGCUGCAACUGAAUUUAGUCUCGUGCCAGUUUGCCUUUCACUAUUGUUUUGAGUCUCAGGCUCAGGCCGAAUGCAUGGUGCGCAAUGCUGCCGAGUGCCUGCAGCCUGGUGGCUUUUUCAUAGCCACCAUACCGGAUGCCUACGAGAUAGUGCGGCGUCUGCGUGCCGCUGGUCCGGAUGCACGAAAAUUUGGCAAUGACAUGUACAGCAUUGAAUUCGAGGAGGAGAUAAAUAAUUUGCCGCUCUUCGGUGCCAAAUAUCAGUUUCGUUUAGAGGGCGUUGUUGAUUGUCCCGAAUUCCUGGUGCACUUUCCUACGCUGGUAAAGCUGUGCCGCAAAUACGGCUUGCAGCUGGUGAGGCGCACAACCUUUGCCGACUACUAUGCGGAAACAUUGGCCCAGGGCCGUCAGCUGCUGCAGCGCAUGUCCGGUCUAGAAACGGUGCACGUGCAGCGAUGUGGCGACGAUCAGCAAUAUGAGCAUGUGCGCAAAGCCUUUGGCACGCAUCGCAGUCGUCCGCUGGGCACACUCUCAAAGGACGAGUGGGAAGCAACAACUCUCUAUUUAGUUUGUGCCUUCAAGAAAUGCAAAAACAGUUGGGACACCAAUGGUAAGCCAGUGUUUCAAUUCGAUGACUGAAAAAUCUUAGUUAAAUAUGUUUUUUUAUAUAAAUAUGCAUCAAACAAAAGCAUGAUCAGAAAUAAAUGUAAGCCGAAAGUGAAAGAUCAUGGUAUAACAUGUAUUUUGUAUCUUGUUAUGAAUCCGAAAAGAACAAAGUAAAAUAAAAAUAAGACAAUAUUUAAUUUGAAGAACAUAUACUUACAA